AUGAUGUCUAAUAAUUCCUUCAAAGACCAACUCCGAAAUACUCCCGUCCUGCAAGGCCCCUUCCCUGAUCUCGACUUUGACGCAUUCCCCGAUACUCCCCACGAUGCCUUCAAGCUCUGGUUCCACAACGCGGUUGCCGCAGGUGUCCGUGAACCGCAUGCUAUGACGCUGUCCACGGUAGAUGCUGAUGGCGCUCCCGACGCGCGGGUUUUGAUCCUAAAGCAUGUCGACUCGCGUGGCUGGCAUUUUGCCAUCAAAGCCGACAGCCCCAAGGGGAUCCAGCUCUCAUGCAAUCAACACGCAGCGCUGACGUUCUAUUGGCCUCAGCUGGCUCGACAGAUCCGCGUCAGAGGGCGCGCCACUGCGUUACCGGCCGAUGAGAGCGCGCAGGACUACCAGGCACGCCCACUGGCAGCACGCGUGACGGCCGCAGCCUCGCAACAGAGCAGGCCUCUUGCUAACCGGGAAGUGCUGGGCCAUCGCCGUGCACAGACAGCGGCUGCAAUGAUGGACGACCCUCUGUUGGGUGUAGAGGCAUGGCGCGUGUACGCCGUGACCCCCCGGGUCGUCGAGUUCUGGCAGGGUGACGCCAGUCGACUGCACCAUCGCCUCGAGUAUGUGCACGGGGAGGAUGGGAAUGCAUGGCAGAAGCGCCUUCUAUGGCCUUAGGGUUCUACUUGACAGUUUCCUUUUCUCUCUGCGUUUGGUAGGAGUUUCAUCUUAACCAUUUAUAGUAAAUAGUAUUGAUUAGGGUUUGAUGCUUGUAGCAUACAAUA